AUGUUCUCCUCUCUGUUAUCCGUCGUCACCUCAGCAUUGCUGGCCACCACUGCUGUGGCAUGGCCCAACGUACCCUCAGCUCCAUUCGUCCAAAACGCGACCGUCUUCUCUCCCCCAGCCAACUGGCCGAAUAAAGGUGGCAGCUAUGCCCGCUCCGUCCUCCUCAACCAGAACUGCGAAAAGGGAAAUCCUACCAUCCUCGCCACCGCCGCCUACCAACCACCAGACGGUCAGUAUCUCAUCAUCCACAAGAGCACAGACUAUGGUGCCACUUGGUCGGAGCUCUCCAAGGCAUACUUCAAUGGCAAUGCUAGUUUGUCUGGCGGUAUCAUUCUUCAGCCUUUCUUGUAUGAGCUUGCUCAGCCGUUUGGCAAGUAUCAGCCUGGUACGAUAUUGUUGUCUGCAAAUUAUAUCCCGGGAGACUUUUCUAGUACCAAUAUUCAGUUGUAUGCUAGUACGGACAAGGGUGCUUCUUGGGAGUAUGUCUCCACCGUAGCGGCCGGUGGUCCGCCAAAUACAGAUAACGGUGCGCCGUGUGUAUGGGAGCCCUUCCUUCUGGCCUACAGCAACCAACUCAACGUAUACUACUCCGAUCAGCGCGAUCCCGCAUACGGUCAGAAGCUCGCUCAUCAAUCCAGUGGUGACCUCGUCUCCUGGGGCGAUGUCAUCAACGAUGUUGCCUAUGCAAACUACACACAAAGACCCGGCAUGAUUACCGUAGCACAAAUCGGCAAUGGAAAGUGGAUGUGCUCUUACGAAGUCGGGCUCUGGACAGAUCCCGUUACUGGCAGCAACGACAGUGCACCCUAUGCUACCCACUACAAGAUUGCAGACUCGCCUCUCGAUUUUGGCUCAGUCGGCGACAGCAUCUUGAAGACUCCUGAGGGUAUUUCAAGUGCAGGUCCGUAUACCGUUUGGACUCCGGCUGGCGGACCUUCUGGCACAAUCGUUGUGAGCGAUUCGUCUUACGAUCAAUUCUUCCUCAACACACAGAACGGCGCUCCUGGCGCGUGGAAGAAUGUUAGCAGUCAAGGUCACGGUGUCGGAUACACCAGAUCCCUGUCGGUGUUGCCAGGGAAUGGUGGAAAGACUGUUCAGGUCCUCAAUGGUGGCAUGUAUGGAUCGAACAUGACUCUGUUCAGUGCCGGUGAUUUCAUCGUUCCUGGACCGGCUGGCCAUGGCCCUGGUGCUUCUGGCUUCCCCGCCUGCAAUCAUAACAGCGGCGGAUACGGCCACGGUUGGGGAUGGGGAAGCCCGUGGUGGUAA